AUGAGUUUUUCCUCCAAUGAUAUGGAACAAGACUCCAGGAGGCAAUUGUUCACCCAGAUUUUUGGUAUUGAGCGGCCUUUGUCGCCUCCCCCAAGUAAUGUACCGAGAGAACUGCCAGAUUCUUUAGAUAUGAUGAGUUUAAAGGCUGUGCUCAAUGAAGAUGUAGAGAACGAUUUACUGCAAAAUAGAGGUCAGAUCUCAGAAAACAAAACUGGGACUGAAAGGAGUGUUUUCAGAAGUCCUGUCCAUGUUCGUCAAAUAAGUGACGUUCCAAGUAUGGACACGGAGGAUGAUAUUGUGACUCCUCCAGAGUCGACUUCUCCACAGGCGUAUCCACCAGAGGAUCUUUCUUUACCUAAGCAGCGACCUAUGUCGCAUCAUCAUCAUGGUAGACCAGCGCCGCCCGCCAUGGACAUGAUUCAUGAAUCACCGAGAAGGUCAAAGAGUGAAAAUUUCAAUUCAAAGCCGUCUUUACCAAAACUUUCAACUACAGGACAAAUUAACAACAACAGCAGCAACAACUAUAGCAACAACAUUAGUAAUCUUAAUUCACGGGGAUCAUUCAGUGCCAAAAAAUCUCCGCUGCAAGGAUUUGGACUAUUUUCAAGAUCUAGCUCGAAAUAUUUGCAAGCGGAUGCAAACCUUUCGUCGAAUAAUUACAAUAAUAACUCAUCAUCUGAUCACAUUUUCGGAAGGACUCAGUCUAUAAGUUCUUCUACUUUCAAAAACUUUACUUCUUCUUUGCAUGGGAAAACUAAAACCGUUGGUGGUCGAACCAUUCCGCAAAAGUACGAUCACUCAACGAACCCAUUGCUUGAUUCAACGCUAGGUCUGGGCAUCAAACAAAGAGCAUCUUCUGCAUCGUUGUCCACCGAAUCAGCUAUGUCGAGGCAUAUACGUAGAACAUCCACCAGCUCAUUACACACAAAGCAUAUAGUGGUAUCAAGUUCUAUUAGGAGACCCCAGGUGUAUCCCGCAAUGCUAUCGAGAGUUGCGACAGCUUUCAGAAAGUCAAUCACAUUGUGCGAACACAAAAAAGAUGGACUAGUUUACAGAGACGCAUUUACUGGUCAACAAGCCAUUGAUGUCAUCUGCUCAAUAAUAAGGACAAAUGAUCGUAAUUUAGCUUUGUUAUUGGGGAGAGCACUUGAUGCUCAAAAACUCUUCCACGAUGUGAUUUAUGAACACAGGCUUCGUGAUUCCCCUAACGAAGUUUACGAAUUUACAGGCAAUUCCAGAGUUAUCGGUAAAGGCAUAUAUGAGAUCGGUUCUACUAACAAUUUCUCUGCUUCCCAAUCCAGCACUACCAUCGCACCUUCCAAAUCCGAAUCUAGUCUGUCUCUGAUGGAGAAACCGGAGGAUCUAGACUCUUAUCAUCAAGUGAACGGUGUAUUCACAUUGUUAGCAGAAUGUUACUCUCCAACUUGUACUAGAAACAGGUUAUGUUAUUCUAUUUCAUGUCCAAAGCGACUCGAACAACAAGCUCGUUUGAAUUUAAAGCCAAAUGGUGGAUUAAAAAGAAAUAUUUCUAUGGCAAUUGAUGAUGACGAUGAAGAAAAAUCAUCAUGGACAAGUUCUGUUCCAGAAGAACUCUGGAGUUCACUUACCAAACGUGAGAUUAAAAGACAGGAAGCUAUUUACGAAGUCUACAGCACAGAAAAGAAAUUUGUCAAAUCCCUUGAGAUUCUUAGAGAUACAUUUAUGAAGAAACUAGCUGAAACUAACAUCAUUCCUGCCGAUAUACGCAAAAAUUUUAUCAAACAUGUUUUCGCCCAUGUUAAUGACAUAUAUUCCGUAAACAGACGGCUCCUAGACGCUUUGUCAGAAAGACAAAAAGCAUCUCCGAUAGUCGAUGGAAUUGGUGAUAUUUUACUACGUUUCGUUCCAUUUUUUGAACCUUUUGUUAUGUAUGUGGCAUCCAGGCCGUAUGCUAAAUAUUUGAUCGAAACUCAGAGGUCCGUUAACCCAUAUUUCGCUCGGUUUGAUGAUGACCUGAUGAACUCUAAGUUAAGACAUGGGAUUGAUUCCUUUUUGUCUCAAGGUGUUUCUAGGCCAGGUCGUUAUGUCCUACUUGUUAGAGAAAUAAUGAAGUCUACCGACCCUGAAACUGAAAAGAGGGACUUGGAGAAUUUAACAAGGGCCCUAGAAGCCCUUCGUGCAUUUAUGAAACGUAUUGAUAAGGCUAGUGGUGCUGCUCAGGACAGACAUGAUGUUAAAUUGUUGAAGCAAAAGAUUCUUUUCAAGAAUGAGUAUGUCAACAUGGGAUUGAAUGAUGAUAAACGGAAGAUCAAGCAUGAAGGCCUUCUAUCAAGAAAAGAAAUUACCAAGAAUGAAAAUGGUGUUACAGGUGACCUUCAAUUUUAUCUACUGGACAAUAUGUUAUUAUUUUUGAAGUCAAAAGCAGUCAAUAAAUGGAAUCAACAUAAAGUUUUCCAGCGGCCUAUACCUCUCCCGUUGUUAUUUGCCGCUCCUGGUGAAGAAAUGCCAAGUUUAAAGAGACAUAUUUGCGGUAAACCGGAUAGUCAAGGUAUGGUUAUUUAUCCUGAUGCAAUCGCUGGCACGAAUCCCAGAAAUGCUAUCUCUUUCACGUAUUAUGGUGCUAAAAACAAAUACCAAGUAACGUUAUACGCAGCACAGUUCGCAGCAAUGCAAACGCUUCUUGAGAAGAUAAAGCAGGAACAAGCUAGGAUUAUCAAAGAAAACGAUAUCUUUAACGUUUGCAAAAUUAGUGAUAGGUAUUUUGAUUACUCCAAUAAGAUUAACAGCGUUGCAUCUUGUGAUGGCGGACGGAAGUUAAUAAUCGCCACCUCGCAAGGCCUAUUUUACAGUAACAUUAGAAGAGCAGAAAACUCUAUAAUAUUCGGGGCUCCUACAAAGCUUCUGACAAAGAGUAACAUCUCACAACUCUCUGUGUUAGAAGAAUUCCAAUCGAUCUUGAUCUUAGCUGACAAAAAAUUAUACAGCUGUUCAUUUGAUAUUUUAAAAAUAACAGAUCCUCAAGCGGGGAACACUUAUUUCAAGAAACAUGCCAAGGAACUAGUAACCCACGUCUCUUUCUUCAGUGAUGGAGACUGUAACGGUAAAAAGUUAAUCGUAACUGCACACACUUCUCACAAUUCCAUCAAAUACUUUGAGCACGAACAUCCAUUAUUGCAUGAAAAGAAACACACCAAGAAGAAAUUCACCGAGGUCGAGUUUGAUAGCGAGCCAGUAUCCAUAUCAUUCUUAAAAGCGAAUUUAUGUAUCGGUUGUAAAAAGGGUUUCCAAAUUGUAUCAGUAUCACAAAACGCACACGAACCUUUAUUAGACCCUGCGGACACCUCUUUAGAUUUUGCAUUAAAGGAUUCACUACAUCCUCAAGUCAUAUACCGCGUUGGAAACAUGUUUUUCUUAUGUUAUACAGAAUUCGCCUUCUUCGUCAACAACCAGGGCUGGCGUAAAAAAGAGUACAAUGUUGUACACUGGGAAGGUGAACCAGAAAAGUUCGCCAUUUGGUAUCCUUACAUCAUUGCAUUUGACAGUAACUUCAUUGAGAUCAGAAAGGUAGAAACCGGAGAGCUGAUCAGAUGCGUAGUCGGUGAGAAAAUAAGACUCCUUCAAACCAGUUCACAGGAGAUCCUCUAUGUCUACGAGGAUGAAAGAGGCUACGAUACGAUUGCAUCUCUUGAUUUCUGGGGUAAGUAG